AUGUCAUCAACAUUGGAUCAUUUGAAAAAGCAUACUAUUAUCGUAGCGGACACUGGAGAUUUUAAUUCUAUUAAAAAGUAUUUACCAAUUGAUUCAACAACAAAUCCAUCUCUAAUUUUAUCUGCAUGCAAAUUACCACAAUAUUCACACUUGUUAGAUUCUGCUAUUCAAUAUGCUAAGAAAGAAAAACAAACAUUAAAUGAACAAAUCGAAUUAGCAUUAGAAAGAAUAUUUGUAUUAUUCGGUUGUGAAAUAUUGAAAAUUGUACCAGGACGUGUAUCUACUGAAGUGGAUGCUCGUUAUUCAUUCAAUGUACAAAAACAAAUAGAAAUAGCAUGUCGUCUCAUUUCAAUGUAUGAAGAAUUAGGAUUUUCUAAAGAACGUAUACUUAUUAAAUUAAGUUCUACAUGGGAAGGUAUAAAAGCUGCAAAAAUAUUAGAAUCACAAUAUGGUAUUCAUUGUAAUUUAACAUUAAUGUUUUCAUUUUAUCAGGCUAUAGCUUGUGCUCAAGCUAAUGUUACAUUAAUUUCACCAUUUGUUGGACGUGUACUAGAUUGGUAUAUAACUAAAUAUGGUAAAAAAGAAUAUACUAGACAUAAUGAUCCUGGUGUUAAUUUGGUUACUCGUAUUUAUAAUUACUAUAAAUCUCAUGGUUAUAAAACACAGAUAAUGGGUGCUUCAUUUAGAAAUGUUGAACAAAUCCUUGGUUUAGUUGGAUGUGAUUUGUUAACAAUAUCACCUAGUCUUUUAGAAGAAUUAAGUAAAAUGUCAGAAGUGCCCAUUUUAUGCUUGACUGUUGAAAAAGCUCAAACAUCUUAUGAUCAUUCUUAUCAAUCAGAUGAAUUAUUAACAGAAGAAGAAUUUCGUUGGCAAAUGAAUGAAGAUGAAAUGGCUAAUGAUAAAUUAACUGAUGGUAUAAGACGUUUUACUAAUGAUGCAUUAAUAUUAAAAGAUUUAAUUAAAACACGUAUAGAACAACAAUAA